UAUUUAUCAUUUUUCAAAUAUUUUGACUUUAUUUUUUGUUUCCCUUCAUGCAUUUCGCCCUUCAAUUCCACACCGCAACUCGAAAUUCCACACCUUUAACCACAUCAUGAUAAUAGCAGUGUUUGGCGGUCUCGGCAAAGUCUGCAAAGAGUUUCUCCUUCAAGCCCUAGCCCACGAGCAUACACUGCACUGGUUUCUCCAAGAAACCGACUCGCUCCCAGACCUACCAGCCCUGCCCAUUCUCAAAAUAAUCUGCGGCUCACCCAACAACAUCCUGCAUUACCAGGAGGCCAUCCAGGGCACUGACGCUGUGCUCGUGGCCUUUGACCCGCACAAUACUGAGCCAACGCAUGGGUCUAUGCAUCGCGAGAACGUCCGGCGCCUUAUUGUUGUGACGUGUCAUGGGUCUGGGGACUCUAGAAGGCAGAUGGAUUGGACAACGUGGAUGUAUAUGAAUUUGAAUCAGAUCAAGUACUUGGCUGGCGCGCUUGAUCGGUGUUGGUCGAUUUUGGCGCAGUACACAGCGCAGGAGCAUGUGGUGAUGCGGGGGAGAUUCCGGCGGACGUGUUGGGAGGCAGUGCGCAUGGGCAGGAGGAGCAAGAGGGACGCGAGCACAGAGGCGCAAGGCACGUUGGAGUGGACUAUUUUGAGACCAGGCUUGUUCGUAGAGGGCAUUGCGACAGGAACGUAUUUGGCCAGUUCGGAGGAUGUUUUUGGCGGAUAUGUGUCACCUGCAGACGUAGCCAACUGCGCACUGAAGGCCUUGGAGGAUGGCAUGGAUAAGGGCAAAUGUUUCUCUGUGGCAUACUCAUCCCGAGUGGCAUAGACGGAGGAAAUAAGUGUGUGGAUGUCAUUUUUGUCAAUGAUAUUUGUUUUACUUUAUAUUCAGUUUAUUUUUUAUCUAUUCCUUUGUUUUAUAAACUAAACCCUAUUACGCUAUUUUUCAUUUUUGACUGACUUGGGAAUCUAUCUUUAAGCAUUUGGACCGUAAUAACUUUGACAUUGGCCGUGUUGCCCUCUAUAUGUGCGGACAAGUGGCUAUU